AUGAAUACAAAGAAGUUUAUCGUAUGGUCUCUUUUGUUAGCGGCUGUUGUUGUGGCGGUCGCAGCAGACGGUUCCGUGGAUGUCAAGAAAGAAGGUGGAAAGAAAGUAGAAGGAAAAGAAGAGAUACCAGUUGCAACUGUACAAAGCAAAGACAACGCUAAGGAUAGUGAUGAUGUACAAAGUUGGGGAGGUGGAAGAGGCGGAGGAGGCAAGGGUUGGGGAGGUGGCGGAGGAGGCAAGGGUUGGGGAGGUGGCGGUGGAGAAGAGAUGAAUGAUCCACAACAAAGUUGGGGAGGUGGAAGAGGCGGUGGCCGUGGAGGUUGGGGAGGUGGAGGCGGUGGCCGUGGAGGUUGGGGAGGCGGUGGCCGUGGAGGUUGGGGAGGCGGUGGCCGUGGAGGUUGGGGAGGCGGUGGCCGUGGAGGUUGGGGAGGCGGCGGUGGCCGUGGAGGUUGGGGAGGCGGCGGUGGCCGUGGAGGUUGGGGAGGUGGAGGCGGUGGCCGUGGAGGAGGAGGCCGUGGAGGUUGGGGAGGUGGCGGUGGAGUGUAG